GCAGGCUGCCGUUUAAACCCGUACGUGGCAGUCAGAGAGCAGCACACAGCAGCUGAGGCUGAUGCGGCUCUUCUCCGCAACUAUUCACUCAUACGAACUGACAUCCCGCACUCCUACAGGAUACACCGAAGCAGAGACUCUCUGUGUGUCGUCAGGUUUGUUGUGACCCAGGCUGUGACAUAUUUUAAUCAUGUUUACCGUGUCGGAGCUGGUUGUCUUGCUGGCCGUCCUGUCUGCCACUGCGUCCGGCUACUUCGUUAGCAUAGACGCCCAUGCCGAGGAGUGCUUCUACGAGCGGGUCAACUCCGGCACGAAGAUGGGCCUCAUGUUUGAAGUGGCCGAAGGAGGCUUUCUGGACAUCGACGUGGAGAUAACAGGGCCUGACGGUAAGCAGAUUUACAAAGGCGACAGAGAGUCCAGUGGGAAAUACUCGGUCGCAGCACACAUGGACGGCACCUACAAGUUCUGCUUCAGCAACAAGAUGUCAACCAUGACACCCAAGAUCGUCAUGUUCACCAUUGAUAUCGGAGAGGCCCCCAAAGGCCAAGACAUGGAGACGGAAGCUCACCAAAACAAGCUGGAGGAGAUGAUCAAUGAGCUGGCAACCGCCAUGACAGCUGUAAAGCAUGAGCAGGAGUACAUGGAGGUUCGGGAGAGGAUACACAGAGCGAUCAACGACAACACAAACAGCAGAGUGGUGCUGUGGUCGUUCUUCGAAGCUCUGGUUCUGGUGGCAAUGACACUCGGACAGAUUUAUUACCUGAAGAGAUUUUUCGAAGUACGACGAGUGGUGUAGUGCGAUCGACGAGACGAUCCCUCUGUGUCCUCCACUGUUUUUCUCCAACACCGAGACAGAUAUUUACACUCUGGAUAUGAGACUGGCAGUUUUUCGAGUACUUGCGAUUGGAUCUCAGAUGGUUUUGUUCUCCUGUUACCUAUUUGGUUCCUUCUUUAAAAAUUGUAAUUAGUGUUUGUUUGGAGCAAAUGGCCAAAAGAUUCGGGGAUAGAUGUCAGUUUUCAUUAGGAUUCUGUUUUGUUUUAUCACAUUUUUUUUGUGGAAUAUAAUUUGAUAAUCUCCUGCCAGUGCAGUUUUGGCUGUGUAAGGCGUCGAGGCAGUCAGAUACAAAGACUUUGGAUAGGCAUGUGUGGAGUAACCACGGGAGAAUGUAGCCCUCAAUAAGAUAUAAAUGGGACCCUUUUUCCUACAAUAAAAGAAAAUCAUUCAAUCUUA